AUGGAAGGGGCUCAGGCAAGUGAGAGACUUGCAGAGAGCUCUGGGAAUGCAGGGCUGCUGAGUGGCUAUGGGGCUGUUCAGGCAGCAGUGACGUCUACUUCGGGGAGCUUCUCUGGAAGGGCUGUUGAAGGUUCAGUUCAGGAGGGUCAGACCGAAGUUCCGGAUGUCGUUGUGGAAGGGCCUGUAGUGGGCCAGACGGACAUGCCUCAGGCCACCAGUGGCAUGAGUACAGAGGCCCCUCCGAGCGGUGCUGCUGCGGAUUCGGGAAGUUCUUCUGGCAGGGAUGUUUUUUAUUCAGCUGGAAGGACGACGCCGCAAGACACUGCUCAGGUUGCUCAGAUGAUUCAGGUCCAAGGACAACCACAGCUGUUUGGACCGGAAGCCAACUUCCGGCUGGCGCAACUGGAAAGGGAAGCCCCUCACUUGUAUGGAGGCGGGAUCGCUAUGACUUCAGGAGCAGCCAGAUCGGACUCUUCUGGGUUCAGCGCUGGGGAGAUUCAGGCAGAGGUUCAUCGGCAGCUUGAGCUUGUUCGGAGGGAGCAUGCACUUCAGAUGAGAGCAUUGGCAGCUGAGAAUGCCUCAGGAGAUGCCCAGGUCCUUCUUCAGGGCACGGGUCACUCUGUGACCUCGGAAGGCAUGCAAGCGGCAGGUGUGCAUUCAGGUCUCUCUCCAGAUGCAGCUGGCAUUCUGGCAGGUCUCCAGGCUUUGGUGUCUCAGCAGAACGGAAGUUCGUCUCCGACUGAAGGGAAGGCGGAACAGGUGAAACACUCUUGGUCGGAGCUUCCGAAGCUUCCAGAGCUAGGACCUGAGUCCUCCCUUGCGUUUUCGGACUGGCUUCACCUAGUCGCCCCACUGGUCGAGGACAUGUCAGCCACGAGUGCUCAGUACUGGGCCCUUCUCACGCGAGAGGCCGAAGAGGUUUACCGAAGGUACUUAGCUAGUGACCCCAUGGGCAGGAUUUCACUGAAUCCAGUGGAAACUCCGGAGCUUAAGUCCCCGGUUUGGUCCAGACUCGCCAAGCGCUUGGAGGCUCUUUUGAUCACGGCAGCUCCGAAGCAGGUGCGCGAAGAGUUGGUCCAGCCUAAGGCAGCAGCAGUGGCGGCCCAGGUUGCAACCGCUCAAGACGCCAAUUCGAGCCAGGUCCAGGCCCUCUUGGAUGAUGCGGCGAAGGUUUUGAAGGCCAUACAGGCGCCAGGGAGCCAGGUGAGGGAUCCCCCCGUUGCACCGAGGGCGGAGGCAGCAGCGCCAAAGGCGACUCCAGUGCUUCAAGGAACCCCUGUGACGGUGGCUACUCUUCAGAGCCACUUGGAUGCCAUUCGGCAGGCCAUCCCAGAGGUCCAGCAGACUUCUGAGAAGCCUUCGAUCAAGGCCAUCGUAAGCUUGGCCAUGCCCUUGGAGGAGGAAGGUCCGCUGGAGGAGGCAGACCUUGACGAGCAGGUGGGCUUGUUGGACAGCGGUGCGACGCAUGCUGUUCGUGCGCGCGAGGAAAGAGACCAGGAUCUCACUGCAACGGAGGUUGUUUUGGCGGGAGGAGCUACCCAAUCCUUGCUCCAAAACCCGGGUGGGACGAUCCUAACCAAUGGUCCCUCGCAGCCCAUAGCCCGUGCUCUAGAGUUGAUCCAACAACUCGAGGAGCGACGCCUUGAGAAACUACGCGGGCAAGUGGAUGAGACGGAGGCCGUGCUCCGAGCCCUCACUUCCAAGGAUUGGUUUGUGAACCUUCAAUUCGGGAAGGAGCCAGCGGCGGUCAGUGAGAAUGUGCUCUCGGCGUGCUCCGAUGCUCAAGUGCUUCACAUCGACUUGUCCAAGCCCCAUAACAACCUUGAGCCAGGAUCUCCCCUGAGAGCCUCCCUUGCCUGGGCAGCCCUUCAUGGAAGGAUCAUCGGCCUGUCAGCUGACCUCGCCUCUCGAUCCGAGCUUCUGGUCCAGGUUUCAUGGUUGUGGGCAGUGGCCUCCGCCGGUAGGGGUUAUACGGUUCCCUUAAUGACCCUCUCGGACUCCGCUAAGCUCUUCAAGGAUGAGUGGUGGCCGAAGUUCCAGCGUUGGGCCCACUUAAAGCAAGCCUCUGCGAUAGGAGGAGCCGUGACUGUGUUCACAAACUGCGGGACCGAUUUGGUCGAGACAUGUGAGAACCGUUCCGUUCUCCCGGAAAGGGUCGUGCAAUCCUUCCAGCCACAACGGCCGCAACCGGUCUCCGAGGAGGAGUUGAGAAGGAUCGAUCAAGAGGUGCGUGAGUCACUGCGCCUAAUCAGGCCCUCAAUUGCUUCAGGUGGCCAGGUUCCAGAGGUCCAAGGUGUCAAGCAAGCGGUACCGACCGCGGCCGCGCUAGAUGUUGAAGGGUGGAGACGCCACAUCGAGAGCGGACACCUCCCGUUCAACAGGAAGUGCAAGGCCUGCGUUAUGGGGUCAGGGGUAGGACUCCAGCACCGCAAGGUGGCCCAUCCAACCUCGUUCUCCCUUUCACUAGAUGUCCUGGGGCCCAUCCAGAAGGGAAUCUUUGAAGACUCAGUUGCAGCCCAGCCAAGGCACAAAUAUGCCCUUGUGGGGGCGUACAGAGUGCCUGAGGACGUCCUUCGGAGAAGAUGGGAUCCUAAGAAAGACCUGAAGGAUUUGUUCAGGGACACCACGCUUGAGUUGGCUUCCGCAAAUGAGUACCUUGGUGGUGAGUUGAAGGGGGCCGAGCCCGAGCCGGCGCCGUCGGACCCUUUGCUUCCGAUCCAAGAAGGGCAGGAGGAGGAGAUGCGCGAGGAAGAAUGGGACCAGUCCGAAAGGGGGCCUGAGGAAUCUCUCGUGAGCGUUGAGCUGGAGGCCGAGUCCCACUCUGGGGAGACCCUCCAACAGGCCAUAGAAAACCUUAAGGACCCAGUUCCCCAGGUCGUGCUUCGGUUUGUUAGGCCAAUGACCUCCCGCAAGGGCCCUUCCCUCAUGCCGGCCAUCCACUCCAUGGUUCAGGAGAUAAACAAAUUAGGCUUCCCAGUGAAGAAUGUUCACUCCGACCAGGGCCGGGAAUUCUUGAGCGACAGCUUGAGGCUGUGGUUGUCCCAAAUGGGAGUGCGCGUCACCAUGAGCGAAGCUCAUGAUAAAAAGGCCAAUGGCCUGGCAGAACGCAUAGUAGGGUGGUGUAAGCAGAGAGCCCGUUGCCUGCUGAACAGUGCCGAGCUCGAGCCAAGCUUCUGGCCCUACGCUAUGUCUCAUGCCGCCGCCUCACACCAGGCCUCCCUUAUAGGAGACACUCCGCUCCCCCACUUUGGGAAAAGGAUAGUGUUCAAAAGGCCGAUGUUGCCUGGCAACUUCAAGCCCUGGGACCAUUGGUCCGAAGGUCGAUACCUCUCCCCGUCCAUCCUUGUGCCUGGAGGACACUCUAUCCUCAGACCGGAUGGCAAUACCACGGUUGUGAAGAAUUUCAGGGAUGAUUUAGUUGACCCUGAGGCCUUGGUAAGACAGCGGGAUGAGGAGCUAAAGGAGGCAGCGGAGGUAGCUGCAGAUGCGUCCCUUUCGGAAGGAGGCCAGGAGGAGUUGUUUCCGGAACUCUUCGGCCCCGAUGGCCGGGAGCCCACGGGAUCAUCAAAGGAGGUGAUAGGAGCAGGCGUAGGAGUGAUAGACCCUGGACCCGCAGACUCCGAACUCCCUCCACCUAGCCGUCUAAAGGGAAAGGGUCCAAGGUUGAGGCCGAGGCCACGCCUUGCUGCUCUCCGGGAGCAGGAGCCAGAAGAAGAAGAGGAUGAAGAAAGUGAGGAGGAGAGCGAAGAACCGGAUGAGGUGACGGAUGUAGAGGCCAACACCAUAUCUGAGGGUCAGAUCUCAUCCUUGGGAUCCUCCUCCUCGUCAGGGCAACAGUUCCCUCGCAGCUUGGGAUCCAUCCAGGAUCCGGUGAUCAUCCGAGCCCUUGUGAGGCUCAGUCUUGAGUCCAGAGCCCAGGGCCUCUAUAAUUUGGGAGUCCAUGAGGUAGGCGAUCUGAACUACGUCUUCAGAACAGACCUUGUUGAGGAAGGCUGGACUGAUCACGAGGCUACUGUGUUCCUCCAUGAAUGCGGCCUGAUUGCCCCAGCCCAGCGUUCCGAGAACCCAAGAAGCGCCGGGUAUGUUGAGGGUCAAGUUGGGUUGAUAGGGAGGGAAGAUGAGUUUCCUCGUACUAUCGGUGCUAAGGCCCGUGCUCGCAGGGAAGCAAGGGAAAGGGCGGAAGCCCUCCGCGUGCAACCACGUGCACCAGGCUCAGAUGCAGGAGCCACUGCGGGCUCAACGGAGCCUCCCGAGCCCCGUCACAACCCCCGCAUCACCCGUCCUAUCCUGGACCAGCUUCCGGCGAGAUUCUAUGAUGAAGUGAUCGCCAAUCAGCCCAUCUCUAGAGACCUCCUCUCCCGUGUAGAGGAGGAGGCACAUGACGCCGACCUAACGAUGGAACCGAAUGAUGAGGAGUAUGCCCAGAAUGUCUUUCAGACCACCAGGUUUAGGAAGGAUAGCUUUGGGUUAGUGCCUCCUGAGCAAGAGCCUGCCCUGGAAGCUGCUUCUGAAGAGCUCGCGUCAGCACUGCUGGAGCUCGGGGAAGAGGGCCGCGCAUUCUACUGUGGUGCUAUGUGCAGAGGCUUCUCCGGAGCCUUUCCCCACAUGUGCUUUUCCUCGGCGGCAGUUCUAGAGGAGGUGAUGGCACCCCCACACCGGGACUCCAGAAAUGAGGCAACUCCAAACUUGAUCUUGCCUUUGACCAGGUUUGAAGGUGGCGCAGUGUGGGAGGAAAAUGAGUUCGGAAAUGUUUUGAGGGAUGUCAAGGGCAAGCCCACUGCGGGCCGACUGCUUGAUGUUGCAACGGGACCCCAGACCCUCCAGGCCCAAUCGAAGUUCCACCUCACCGAGCCGUGGGCAGGCAGAAGGGUGAUCCUGGUUGGGUAUACGGUCUCUAGGAUAGAGUUCCUUAGUGAGGACCAAAGGGGCAAGCUCCGGGAAUUGGGUUUCGUGUUACCGGGGGACCUCACUGCCGGAGAGGAGGGCGAGCCAGCCCUUAGGGUUAAUAGGCCCGAGAUUAGGAAGGUUGAGGCCAUUCCCCUUGCAAGAGAGCCCGACACGUGGAGGGGACACUAUGAGUUUACCUUGGUGUCGGAGGAGACCUUCCGCGGGUACUUGCGAGGAAAUAGGGGAAGGGAGGACUGGGAGCGCGCCACUCAAGGUGAGUUCUUUCGAGGAGGGUACGUCAUUGAUGAAGCCACCCAGACAAUGUUCAGGGCCAAUGAAACUCAUGAGAGAUUGGCUGUUGCAGCAGUGACCAGUGGUGUCAUUCAGAGUGGGAUUCACAAUGGAGACAUGAUUCUCCGAGAGUAUCUCGGUGAUCCGAGAGACCACGGCCCUUCCGAGCCGGAGGAACCAACCGUUGCGGAUGUUGAGAUGAUGUCCAGAGUUCUCCGAAGGGGGGACCGACGCCACCGGGCGUCGUACGAAGGGGCUGGAGGAGCCUACGACUUCUCGAGCAUCCCGCUGCUGCACGGCUCUGAGAGCAACCAAGGACGAAGGGCUCCCGCGACGGGGUCCACUCAGUCUUCCAGCUCCAGGGGCCCUCAUCCGUAUGUCCGUGCACUGAGCCCUACGACCGCCUCCCCUUCCCGAUCUGAGGGAACAGGUUCCUCAGAUGAAAUGAGGCCUAGCGGUGAGCCAGGUUCUCCACCGGCCAGCCCUACCAUUCCGGUGUAUAGGCUAGACCCUGCGGUUCUAAUCCCCUCUUCGCUAUUGCUUCCGGCCUCUGUUGCUCCACAAUCAGAGUGCCGCCCUUCCUUUGGACAUCAAGGGCAUGAGGAUCCGGAGGUAAACAAGAUAGAGGUUUACACCAAGGAUGUAGAAGCUAAGCUUGAAGCACUUGGAGAUAGCUCGCUGGAAACCACCUACACAGUUUCCCCAGCCGAAGCCCGGAAGCACGCUGAGCGGUGGAGAGCCGCGUUGCUUGAAGAGCUCAGGUGCCUUGAGGAAAAGGGAGCCAUCAUCCGGAGAAAGGGAGCCGAGGCCCAGAAGCUCCUAUCGGAUCCCGAGGCCGUCACCCUGCACUCUAAGGGAGUGUAUACGGUCAAGCCCGGCAAAUACCGGCCGGAUGGGCCGAAGCAGGCUUUCAGAAGGAAGGCGAGGAUCGUAGCGUGCGGGAAUGAGUCCCGAUACACCGACACAGGCGACGUCUAUGCUGCAGGCGUCGCAGGCGACGUCCUGCGCGCUGCACUCCUGAAGGGAGCCAGUAGGCGGUGGAAAGCGUUCGGCACUGACGUGCAUACCGCCUUCCUGCUAGCGCCGUUAGGUACCACCCGCAGGUACCUGUUGCAGCCACCGGCAAUCCUCAAGGCGUUGAAUCUCAUCUCCGAUGGGGAGAUAUGGGAAAUAAACCGCGCCUUGUACGGCUUGAGGGAGAGUCCGAGGUGGUGGACAGACUACAGAAAUGCUGCGCUUACAGGCCUCACCUUCCAGUUGCGCAAUGCCGAGACAGGCAACCUUGAGCCUUACCGCUUGGAACAGGGUAGCACUGAAGGGAACGUCUUUAAGAUAAGGGGUCCCAAUGGUGAGCUGGAAGGACUUUUGGUGUGCUACGUUGAUGACUUCCUCAUCUUGUCGAGCGAUCCUGUGGCGAAAGCCCUCUACGAGGCAAUGUGCACCCAGCUGAGCUGGGAGUUGGAUCCCCUCCAGGAGGCCACCCGACAGAACCCCCUUAAGUUCUUAGGUGUAGGGAUAAGCCCUUUGGAAAAUGAGCCCGGGUUCGCGCUUGACCAGAGGUCCUACAUAGAUGAGCUCCUCGCCAAGAAUGGGUUUCAGGGCAGAGGCAGUAACAUCCCCUGCCCAAAGGAGUUGCUGUCAGAUGGUGACUUGGAAGAUCCUGAGGACGUAAGUUACCCAACGUCUCUAAGGGAGGCGCAACGCCUCACCGGCGAGCUCCUGUGGCUAGCUCAGAAGAGUCGUCCCGACGUCUCUUUUGUGGUGCAAUACAUGGCAUCGCACACCAUAGGCCGCCCGCGACAUGUGUGCGACGUCGCACAAAGAGUGUUCAGGUACCUCUCCCUGACAAGGGAUAGGCAUCUCCGCUUGGUGCCAGAGGCCGAAAAGGGACUCGAAGUUUUCACUGACGCUUCCUUCGCGCCGACCGGAAAACACAGUCAGGGAGGGAUCCUGAUCAAGUAUAUGGGAUCGACGAUCCAAUGGAAGGCGUCAAAACUUCCGCUGAUUGCGAUUUCGUCAGCAGAAGCAGAGUUGCAGGCGCUAAGUGAGGGUGCCAUCUAUGGACAGUCGCUGCAGGCUGUCCUGCGGGACAUCACCGAUGAGCCUCCUUCCCUCGCGCUGCUGUGCGAUUCCACUUCCGCUAUAGCCCUCGCCGAGGGCGGGUCCAGUCAGAGGACAAGACACCUUCAGGUGAGAGCCGCCGCGCUCACGCAGCAGCUAGGGUCCUCAAUGACUUUAGAGCACUGCCCGGGGGACGUGCAGUGUGCUGAUCUCCUUACGAAGCCCCUUGCAGGGCCUAGGCUUCACGAGCUGUCCCUCCUUGUAGGCUUGAGUGAUGAAGCUGAGCCUCCUUCUGUUGGGAAGGUUGAGGUGUUGUCUGGAUGCGGAGGAGCCUUGAGCAAGUGGCUCACAGCGCUCACUGCCUUUGCACAGGUCAUGCCAGGCUCAGGCCAAGGUGAGGAGGAGGAGGACUUCCAAGGUGUGACGAGCGACCUCUCGCUCUAUGUGGCCCUGGUUGUUGUGAUCAUAGCCAUAGUAGGCCUUUGGGAAGGGAUUAAGGUUGCAAGCAGGUCCUGCCGAGGACCCCCGUCGCCCUCUAUCCGGGCUCUGAGGAAGAAAGACCGUCUUGAAAAGGCCGUGCGAGAAGCCCUCGACAAGGAGGUGACUUCGUCUACUCCGUCCUCCUCAGAUCAGCCAAUCAAGCGAAGGGGGAGACCAGCCUCCCAGCCUCCGAGCGCCCAAGGGCACUCUACCGCGACUUCAUCUACUACAACCACGACCCUGCUGCAGGUCUCGACGUUCUCUCAGACUGAGGUUUUAGAUGGAGGCAGGAUCACGAGGCGGAGCCAAGGAGUCCAGACGGACCCCGAUGCUCAACACCAGGUGUUGAUGCCACCCACGGGUGUCAACCCGGGAGCGGUGAUGACUACCAUGCAAAGAGGCGGAGUUGUCCACCUCUUCAACGACUGCGGGACCCUUGGAACACCGGGGUACAGGCAGGAGCGCACCUUCUGCCGGCAGUGCCUUGCAAGGGCGAACCUUCGCCCCUAG